AAACGAAGUUUCCCACGUCUCGUCCAGAACACGACAGAGACCACGCUAAAUUUUCAUGAUACAUUGCCUCGACUAGAUCCAGUCUAUACUGACAUAAGAUAGACACGUCCGUACGAUAUGGCCGACCUCGAAACAUCUACGCCCAGCUUGGGCAUGGCCAACGACGUCCGGAACGAGGUCAAGAAACCCAAAAAGAAAAAGGUCCUUCUCAUGGGUAAGAGUGGCUCUGGGAAGUCGAGUAUGAGGAGCAUCAUAUUUAGCAACUAUAUCGCAAGGGAUACUCGGCGUCUUGGUGCUACAAUUGAUGUCGACCUUUCUCAUGUCAAAUUCCUGGGCAACCUGACUUUAAAUCUCUGGGAUUGCGGUGGCCAAGAGGCUUUCAUGGAGAAUUACCUCUCCCAGCAACGCGUCCAUGUCUUCUCGAACGUUGGCGUAUUGAUAUACGUUUUCGACAUCGAAUCUCGAGAUGUUGAUCGCGACAUGGCCACCUAUGUCUCCAUCAUAUCUGCCUUAACACAGUUUUCGCCUACUGCCAAAAUUUACGUGCUUAUCCACAAGGUGGACCUGAUCACCCCACAUGCUCGAGAAGCUGUCUUCGUCGACCGCGUGCGGUUAGUGCGACAGAAAACCUCGGAGUUUAUUCAGGGUGCCGGGUAUACGGGUGAGCUAGAUCUCAUCCCCUUCGCGACCUCAAUAUGGGACCAGUCCCUAUACAAAGCCUGGGCGAGCAUCAUUCACGACCUUGUGCCGAACCUCUCGGUCAUUGAAUCUCAAUUAGGGUCGCUAGGGCUGUUGAUCGAAGCCGAAGAGCUACUUUUAUUCGAGCGGACUAGUUUUCUUGUCGUCUCCAGUUGGACGUCGGAGGAAGGUCAAAAGAACCCUACAGGGGAUCGCCAAGAACGUAUUUCAAAUAUUUUAAAGCACUUCAAGCAAAGCAUCAGUCGAUUCACCGGCACACCCCGUAACGCGGAACAAUUCACGUUAAUGGAGCAUAAGGCAGGUUCUAGAUUUUCUAUGUUUGCCUGCAAAUUUACAACAAACACCUAUCUUAUGGUUAUUCUCCCACCUGGGGAAGCGAGGUUCAACUCGGCCAAGUUGAAUUGCCAGAUUGCUAGAGAAAGCUUCAAGUUCUUGGAUGGCCCGAUGACCGUUGCCGGGUCUGGUCAGAACUACAAUUAGAUGGAUGCCCAAGCAAGGCCUUUGUUAUCAAGUCCCAGAAAGGUUGGAGUAACCUCGGUAUACCACGAAUGAAGCGAAACCGUGUAGUGUUCAUAUCAAGGCUUUAAACAAGAGAGCAUAGCAGCGGGCUCAUCCUUGAUGCCAUGACUUUAGCAUAUCUAACAAGUUUACGAGUUAUAUGGGCACCAAUCUGAACUAAGAUAUAGCAUGUCCAUACGGUACCACUAUUUCUACAAGGCACUAUAAAGAACGG